UUGAGUGAAUAAUUGACUUAUGUCUAUCAUAACCACAACCUUGUUGUGUGUUAGGAAUGGCUAUAUGUUCAAGUAGAUGGCAAUUUCAAUGAUGAAUUUCAUUUUUGUAGUCAAAUUUUGUGAGGGGUGGAUCAUUAAUCGUGCUUGAAUAUAGGUGAUUAGGACAAAAAUUGAAAAAAGAAAAGGGAGCCGGUAAUCCAGCGCUCUUUCCGUUAUCAAUAUCUUAUUGGGAAGGAAGAUGCAAUUUGGCGCUUACUCGGCUUUGGGUUUUCGAUUAUUCUGUAUAAGCGCCAAAAUUUGUUCUUGUUAGUUGCAGAUUUUUCAUAAGGCUUCAACUUUCCUCUCUCUCCCUGAUUUAGUUGAUACCAUAUAAAAGAAACGGAUAAUGUCGUGGGCUAUGUCAACUUUAGUUCCCUUUGAAGCUCCUCCUGUUUAUGUUGUUGCUACUGCUUCUAGUCCAUUGUUGGGUUGCACCAUCAACUGCUUAGAUGUAGUUGGUCCUAGAAGAACAGAACUCCAGUUAUCUCUUUCAAAAAAGUGGUUAAGGGUGAGAACUUUUGUCACAAAGUCAAACCAAGUGUCUUUUUCGCAAUCACGUCAAGAAACUUGGGAAGAUCCUGAUGAUGGAAGCGGCAGUGAGUCUGAUGAAGAAGAUGAUUAUGAUCUGGAUUUUGAAAGUGAUUGGGAAGGAGAAGAAAAUGUUCAGGCUGUCUCGAUUAUUGAUCAGCCUGCUGCAAACAAGUAUGAGGAGGAUCUUCAGAAAGAGGUUGAACAACUUUUGGAACCAGAAGAACGAGCAAUUCUGGAACAGAAUGCUACUCUGAAUGUGGAAAAACUGUCAACUCCGAAAUGGAAUCCACUUCACACUUUCGCAUUAUCAGGACAGAUUAUUCCAAUGGACAAACUACUUGACAGUGGAUUCGACAUUGACUCUGUUGACGAGGAUGGUUUUUCUGCUCUACAUAAAGCAAUUAUAGGAAGAAAGGAUGCUGUCAUUGGUCAUCUUCUCAGAAAAGGUGCAAGUCCUCAUAUCAAAGACAAAAAUGGUGCUACCCCACUUCAUUAUGCUGUUCAAGUUGGUGCAAAACAAAUCGUGAAGCUGCUAAUUAAAUACAAAGUUGAUGUCAAUGUUGCAGAUUCUGAUGGAUGGACGGCAUUGCACAUCGCCAUCCAAGGUAGAAAUCGAGAUAUAACAAAAAUUUUGUUGGUGAAUGGAGCAGAUAGGAACAGAAGAAACAAGGAUGGAAAGACAGCCUUGGAUUUGAGCUUGUGUUAUGGGAAAAACUUCAAGUCGUACGAUCUUUCCAAGUUGCUUAAAAUCAUAUCAUUCAUUCCUCGAAUUCAAAUGAGUCUGAUUUGGAACAAAGGGUUCCUAUUGUUCUAAUAUGGUUCUUCAAACAACAACGAUGUGCCGGCUAAAGAAAGGGAGAGAUUAGAAGAAAGAAUAAAGAGAGAGAAGGUAACCAUGUCAAUUAUUUAAUUAGUAAAGUUGUUACGACAUCCAUUAAGGCAAUUAACGAUGAAUUAAAGUUAAGAACCCUUCCGGGUUGUUUUUCAAAUUACAAGCAAAGUUUCCACUUUGAAAUAUCUAGAAUCAAGUAUAGUCAAUCUAAAAAAAUAUAUAAAAUCGUUCAAAAAUUUGGGACAAAUAUUUAAAUCUCCAUCAUUUUUGUUAAUAACAUAAUUACGUAGCUAGUUGAGACGUGUUAGAGCUAUAAGAACAUUUUAAAGUAUAUUCACACAUUUAUUUGUAAGCAUAUAACUAGAGGAACCUAUGGCCUGAAAACUCAUUGUUAUUAUCACCUGGCCUGCAAAGCAUGAAGCCAUGAAGAAAGCUGAAUCAGCCUCCAAUUGUCUCCUAUAUGCCGUUCUCUACACCAAAAUUCAUAUCCAUCUGAAAAAGUAACAAACAAUUUUUGCUUCAUAUUUUGACACUUCCAAUGAAAAAGUUCUCUCCCAAAUUAUCCUUUUUUUCUCUCUAUAAAUUUCCCACCAUUAGAACAUCCUUUCCUCAGUCUGAACAUAAAGAAGAAGAAGAAAGAAAGAAAGGAACAUGGAUCUUCGGAAAUGUUUGGGUAUGGUUCUCAUUUGGGUUGCUUGCUUGCUUGUUUCCAUGGCUACAGAAGCAGAAGCUCAGAGCUAUGGCAGCUCUGAUGCACCUGAGGCCUUACAUUCCCACUCAAUGCUCUUCAAGUUUCUUGGUCUUCUUGUUUCUUUUCUUGUCCUCAAAGAGAUUGUUUGAGUUCUCUGAUGGAUAAUGAUCUGCCUGUCAUUCUGUACUGCAAUGUUGAAUUUCUUGUUGUUUCUACUUUGUCUGUCUUUGAAGUUCCUGUUUCAUCAUGAGAGUUGUUGUAUUGACAGUGUUUGAAUCAGCUGAUGAUAUUGAAGUUAUUUCCAUAUGUUUUACUGUGUUGGGUUGAGAUUGAAUCUUAAAAUAUGCAGUGCAUAGUA